AUGUACUAUCUUGCGAGCACCACACCGUUGAAACAUAUAAAAAUGGAUUCAGCUGGUGAUUGGUGUCUUAUUGAGAGUGAUCCUGGUGUUUUCACUGAAUUGAUUAAAAACUUUGGUGUAAAAGGUGUCCAGGUUGAAGAAAUGUGGACAAUAGAUGACGGCAUAUUUGAAAACUUACGACCUGUACAUGGAAUAAUUUUCCUUUUUAAAUAUGUACAACAAGAGGAAGCAUCACAACCAGUUGUGAGCGAUGAACGGCUCCAGAAAAUCUUUUUUGCUAAACAGGUUAUUAACAAUGCCUGUGCUACUCAAGCAGUUAUCAGCGUUCUCUUAAACUGCAACCAUCCUGACAUUGAGUUGGGCCCGGAAUUGACUAAGCUAAAGGAAUUUAGCAUGUCAUUUGAUCCCAAAAUGCGUGGACUGGCACUAAGCAAUUCUCAUACAAUACGAGCCGCUCAUAACUCAGUUGCACAGCAACCUCUUUUCGAAUUCGACUUUAAAAAACCAACCAAAUCUGAAGAAGCCUAUCACUUUGUGGGUUAUGUCCCCAUAGAUGGUCGUUUAUACGAACUAGACGGCCUGCGUGAUGGUCCUAUAGACCACGGACCAAUUGCACCUAACCAAGAUUGGCUCAGUGUUGUGGGACCAGUCAUAACGAGAAGAAUUAAUACAUAUAUAGAGGGAGAAAUACAUUUCAAUUUGAUGGCUUUAGUGUCUAACCGCAAAAUGGUUUACGAGCGCAAAAUGGACGCAUUGUACGCGUCCGCCUCAGAAGGCUACGAGUCGUACGAAGCGGAGUACGAGUUGCGAAAUUUGCAAAUGCUGAUCGAAUACGAAGACAUCAAGAUGGCCAUGUACCGUCAAGAGGCGAUAAGGCGCAAACACAACUAUCUGCCGUUCAUAAUGACGCUGCUCAAAAUACUUGCGGAAGAGCAGAAAUUGGUGCCCCUACUGGCAAAAGCGCGGGAGCGUAUUGCUAAGAUGGGCGAGGAGAAACCGAAAGUAUAA